UUUUGAAAAAACAAAAAAAAAAACAACGAUCUGCUGAAGUUGGGAGUUUAGUUGACUGUAGGACGGCGUCGGUGUAGCUUUUAAAGUGGAAAAGUUGAGAGGGAGGAGGGGGCGCGCACUUUAGAGGCUCUCACACAGCGACAGUCACCUGUAGGAGACUGCAGAUGCGCACCUCGACUCCUUAACUUUGCGCUGCCUUUUUGAACUUGAGCUGUAGAACAUAAUUCCCUUCUCUUUUUUUUCCACUGGAUUGUUACAUGUUGAUCUGGAGAAAAAGUUUGAAAUCUCACUGGAUAAAUUAGAACCUAUCAAGAGAUGGAAAUGGAAAGUUCCGAAGACUUUUCUGCAAGUAACAGCCAAUGCUCUUCCAGUAAGGAGGACUCAAGAAUGUUAGUGGAUAUGUCAUCACCUCAUGUACCAUCACAUCACCAUGGUCCUAAUUCCCCAAAUGAAGUGGCCAUAAAGCAAGAGGAAGAUCUUGUGGAAAAUGGUGACAACAGCAGCUCGGCACCUGAAGAAAUGGGCCACACAGGAGAUGAAGGAGCAGCAAUGGAGGAAUCAUUGACGAACAGCCCACACAAUGCACAGGAUGGGUUGUCUGGGCCAAAUGUACCAUCAGAUCCAGUAAUUCGACAACAAAAUGGUGAAAGGCCAUUCCAGUGCAACCAGUGUGGUGUGUCUUUCACCCAGAAGGGAAACCUGCUGCGACACAUAAAGCUGCACACAGGUGAAAAGCCCUUCAAAUGCCCCUUCUGCAGCUAUGCUUGCAGACGUCGCGAUGCCCUCACUGGUCAUCUCCGCACUCAUGCUGUUGGAAAGCCACACAAGUGCAACUUUUGUGGACGGAGUUACAAGCAACGAACAUCCCUGGAGGAGCACAAAGAGCGGUGCCACAGUUACCUCAGCUUGGAUCCUGGUGCCAACACAGGCCCUUACCCAGGUGAAGUUGCAAAAGAGGCGAGGGCCAUGGCCGAGCAUGGCAGUAUGCCAGGCUUUGAUCGGCCGCCUGUAAUCGAAAGGCUGCCCACUAAUGUUGGCAAGAGGAAGAGCACUACACCUCAAAAAUUUGUGGAGGAAGAGAUUGAGCAAGCCAGAGCAAGCAAAGGGCUCAAAGGAGAAAAGAUUCGCUACAGCUAUCCUGAUAUAAGCUAUCAUGAGAUGCGCCUGAAGUAUGAAAAUCAUCCUGAAUUGAUACCACCCCACAUGAUGGACCAGGCUAUUAACAAUGCCAUGACAUACUUGGGAACAGAUGGAAUACGUCCUAUGCUCCACCAUCCUGGUCCAUCUAUAUCUAUGGCUGAUGUUGUACCUAUUGUCAACCCCCUUUACCACCAUGUCCUGCCAGUGGGUCAGCAACCAGAACGUCCAGGGAACUGUGAAACACUUCCACCACAUCCAAAUCAAUCCCAUGAGUUUCCAAGCCAUUCCACUUCAAACGGCACCAGCUCAUUAAGUCGGCAGAACAAGCCACCUCAGCCAUCACAGGAGGAAUCAGCAAGCAACAGUGGCGUUGAGUCAGCCGACUCUGCUCGGAGCAGUCCUCAGGACAGGCAGGGCUACCUUAACCCCAAUGCACCUGUGGGCCACAGGUUACGAGCCAGUCCAGCUGUGGGCUCUGGAGAGCGAGUUAUAAAUGCAUCACCCAGUAGUGGGGCAGGUAUGGGAGCGGGUAUGACGCGAGUUGCCACAGAACGGCCAGUGGGCCACGAAGGAGUGCGAGUGUUUGCUCGGGAGGGCCACGAGCUGCGAGCUUUUCAGUGUGAGCACUGUCGGCUGCUGUUUCUGGAUCACGUGAUGUACACCAUCCACAUGGGCUGCCACGGUUACAGGGAUCCCCUGGAGUGCAAUAUCUGUGGUCACCGAAGCAAAGACCGCUAUGAGUUUUCCUCGCAUAUAGUUCGAGGGGAGCACACUUUUCAUUAAAUGGGACUAAUCAGAUACAAGCGGGAAGCUUAGGAAAGAUAUGAACGUCAACCUGCCAUCCAUCCUUUUCCUGUGAAAGGGCAUAAUUCAGUGGCGCUGUAGACAAGUGUAGCACAAUCAAAGACUUUCUUUUUAAGCUACUGGUUGUAAAUUGGAGCUUUUGAACAAUCACAUGAAGGUAUGGGCCAAAGACAUGAUUUUUACUUAUUUAUAUAACUUAGAAAGAAAAAAAAAACUUUCAAUUAUUUUUCUUCUUUUUACUAAUCAGUUGUUCAUUAGAGCGACUGCUAGAGGGCUUAAGAAGUUUUUCUCAUUUUACAGUCACAUGGAAAUGUCUUUCUUGGAGAUUUUGAGUUGAGUUAGCCUUCAAUGAAUAGCCAGUAUCACAAUGGCAAAGUCAGAUGCUAUGAGGGGUGAGUAAAAUGUAUAAAGAAAAGAACAAUAGAACAAACUCACUGGUGCAUUACUGGUUAUAUUAACGAGCUUAAGGAAAAGCAUAUAUGAAAAGGUACAAAUGGUUCGAUUAUUUUUCAUAGAAAUUCAAACUGCUUGGAAAAGUGGUAAAGUACCAUUCCCUCUGGAUUAAAUUUUACAAGUUUUACAAUCAAACAUUUUUUGGAGAUGAUUCUUCCAAAGUUAUACAAAAGAUUUUCGCUAAGGCUAUUGUUUUAAUUUAAAGUUCUCAUUUGGGUUAUACUGAUUUUUUUAAAUUCUCUUUUUUUAUUUUGAAAUUCAAAAUAAUACAUUCAAAUGGAAGCACUAGUUUUAUGGUAAAAUGGACGAAGACAAAUUCAUUUGGCCUUAAAAAAUUAAACAAUAGAUUAACAAUCGUUUUUUUUAUUUUUUAUUUAUACAGUUGCCUCAUUCAUAAAUCAUAUACUGACAGUGGGAGGUGCUGUUUCUUCUGGUUAUCUCAAAGGCAUUGUCCUAUAUGUUAGACCCACCGCAACAUGACUUAAGAAAAAUGAAAACAAAAAUUAUUCUGAAAAGGUUUAUUUACCAUAUUUUAGGCCUGACACAAUAUGAUGAAAUUGACUGUUUUGUUCAGUUAAUUUAAAUGAAAAAAGAAAACAUUUUUGGAGAUGCACCUACUAAGACGAACAACAGACUAUGAAGUAAAACAACUUGCAAGGCUUUUUUUUUUUCAAUAACAUCCAAAAUAUUCAAAAUAAAACAGACAAUUGUAUUUGCUUGCUUCUUGCUACAUUGUUUUCAUCUCUUCACCUUUAGCGCAGCUUUAGAUUCAACAACCUUAUACAAUUAUCAUUUUUUUUAAACUGCAAGAAUAUUAAAAUAAGCUCAAGAUUUGACUUAGAUGCAUGGCCCGAUAGUCUAAUUUCAUUCCCUAUAUUUUGUCAAGAGCAGCUUUUGUUCUUCGCUUCUAAAGUAAACACAUCUCGUAUUUUUUUCUUAGUUACUACGUUGUAAAUUGUGUCUUUUAUAUUGUUUACUGCGGUAACAAUAUGAAACUUGAUGUCACUGGUUUUAAAUGUAGGUGUUUAAUCUGGUUUCCUAAUAAUCUCAUCACAGUGCUUUGCGGAUUAAACUUUUAAGGAAUUGAAUGAUUCUUUAUUUAAAAGAAAAAAUCUUGAAUAUUUUGUUGUUAAAUAAGUCCUUGGAUAAAGAGUACAGCACAGAGUCCUAACUGACUUAAAACUUA